UUGCAGCCUCUCUUCCUUGCAGCUCAACUUAAGCGUGAGGAGAAGAGGUCCACCUAGAAGGAACUUUGGUUUCAGAAGAUCAGUCCUUGCCCAUUUCUCUGCCAUGGCUCAACCGUUUCUCUUCCUCCUCUUCCUCCUCAGCUUCUUCACUGGUUCCUUGGCCCAGUUCACUCUGACUCAACCACCUUCUGUGUCAGUAUCCCCAGGAGGGACAGUCAGGAUCACCUGUACCAGGGCAGGUGGUAGCUUUUCUGAUUACUAUGUGAGCUGGCAUCAGCAGAAACCUGGCACUAAACCCCUAGCAGUGAUCUAUGAAGAUAGUAAGAGGCCAUCUGGAAUCCCUGAGCGAUUUUCUGGUUCUGUCGAUGUUUCCUCUAACACAGCCACUUUGACCAUUUCCAACGUUCAACCAGAAGAUGAGGCUGACUAUUACUGUUUGUCUCUUGAUGGCAAUAAUCAGUGCACAAAACCUGGCACUCACCCCCUACCAAUAAUCUAUAAACAUUCCAUGAGAACUUCUGGAAUCCCUCAGCGAUUUUCGGGUUCUUAUGAUUCUGCCUCCAAUUCGGCCACGUUGACCAUCUCCAACGUUCUACCAGAAGAUGAGGCUGUUUAUUACUGUUCUUUGGCCCAGUUCACCAUGACUCAACCAGCUUCUCUAUCGGCAUCCCCUGGAGGAACAGUCAGGAUCACCUGUACCAGGGCUGGUGGUAACAUUAAUAGCUACUACGUGAGCUGGUAUCAGCAGACACCUGGCACUAAACCAGUACUAGUGAUUUAUGAAUUUUCUAAAAGACCUUCUGGAAUCCCCGAGCGAUUUUCGGGUUCUUAUGAUUCUUCCGCCAAUUCGGCCACUUUGACCAUCACCAACGUUCAACCAGAAGAUGAGGCUGACUAUUACUGUUUGUCUUAUGAUGGCAAUUGGGUGCACAGUGAUUCCACCUUAUGGGGAACUGUGACAAAAACCAGAAGGAGAGGUGGAGAGGAGGGGAGUGGGAAAUCCACUUGGUUUAGAGAAGGGCUUCGUCCAUUGAGUUCUCCCACCAUGAUCCAGGGACUUCUUCUCUCCAUCGUCCUGAUCUCUGUUGGUCCUAGCCUUCAACAACUGCAGACCUUGAAGGACGCAGAAUUUGUCGCUGCUGGGGGCACAGUCACCAUAUCUUGUCAAUACGAUGGUGGGAAUCUUGGAGAUGGCCACUACCCUAUGUGGACCCAGGAGAUAGCUGGGCAUCAACAUCGAGGACUGAUCUCUUAUACCACUUACAGACCAUCAGGAGUUCCAGAACAUUUCUCCGGGUCCAGAUCAAGAAACAUGAUGUCCUUGACUAUCACUGGAGCUCUAGUUGAAGAUGAAGCCACCUAUUAUUGUUGUGUCUGUGCAGGGAAAUAA